GCCUUUAAUUCUACGUGAAUUCUACGCGCCUUAUGAAAAUGACAUUUCUUAUCUCCUCUAUCCAUGUCUGUGUUUUAAACAAAAACAUAACCUGUCUCUAACCUUACAUUUUUGAUAUUUAGUUUUCAAUAAUCUAAAUUAAAUGAUCUGUCAAAUAUGUUUUCAAAAAAAUCUGCGAAUAAAUCCCACAACAAAAACCUAGAACCGCCGCCGAAGGGUGCCAUUUUGACUCCGCCUGAAAAUUUAUAUAUUCCGGAAUCUCAUUUUGUACCGGAAAAUCAGUACGUACCCGAGCAGCAGCAGCAGCCCCAACCGCAGCAGCAGUACAUUACUGAUCAGCAGCAACAGUAUAUGCCUGCGCAGGAUAAUUCCUAUAUGCCCGGAGAGGGAACUGGUUAUUUACCGCAGGAAUCAGCUUAUUUACAGCAGGAGUCGCCUUACUAUUCCCCUGAACAGCAACCUCAAGGAAACCAACAGAUGGACUCUUCGGCCAAUAUGGGGCAACAACAACAGCAGCAGUACCCAAAUACCAUCAAUGCAUCACAGCUGUACCACAACUCCAACGCUUCCCAACCACCGCAUAUCGUGAAUCCAUCGCAACCCCCGCACCCCAACAAGCCUUCCGAGAGCCCUUCACAAUACAUGCCCCCCAACAUGCCCCAGAAGGCCAGCAACAGCAUGAUCUACCCCAUCGACUCUGUAAAUGUUAAAAUCCUCUUCGACGGUUACUCCAAAUUUGUAGAUGGCGACUAUUUCGCCAACUGCACGUGUUCCUUGAUCAAAGGCGGUCCCAAUAUCGUCAUUGAUACCAUGACGGUUUGGGAUGAAGAAAAGUUAGUACGUUCUCUGAGGAAUGAAGGGCUUAGUUGUGAUGAUAUUGAUUUUGUGAUCUGCACCCAUGGUCAUUCAGAUCAUACAGGGUGCAAUCAUUUGUUCAAGAAUGCUAUACAUAUAGUGGGAUUCAGCAUUUCUCACAAGGAUCAGUACUAUUUGCAUCCAGAUUUCAGACAUGGUGAGGAGUUUAACAUCGAUCCCAGCACAAAUGCUAUAAAAAUUAUCCCGACGCCGGGACAUACAUUACAGGAUGUCACCAUUUUAGUGUACACUAACAUUGGGGUCAUUGCCAUCACUGGUGAUCUAUUUGAGAAGUCUGAGGACUUGGACAAUGAGUAUGAAUGGUUACAGGCCGGCAGUGACAAUGCUAGUUUGCAGAGACGCAACAGGCAGAAGGUGUUGGAGCUGGCCGAUUACAUCAUACCAGGACAUGGUCCAAUAUUCAAAGUGCCUGAUAGAUUUAAGAAGAUUAUAGAUAACAAGGCUGGCAACUCUGCACCCUUACUGGGUUAUUGAUUUGUUUUUGGAUACAUAAAAUUAGGGGCAGGUACAAAUUUUUGUUAAAAAAAAAUGAUCAAAGAUAUGAUAAAAUGUGUGAUUGGGAAUGUUGUGGCAUUUUGUUAUAUGUUAAUGGGUGACUUUUGAAUAUUCAACUGGGACUUGUUAUUAGGUGACAUUUGAAUAUUUGCUGGCAACUUGGUAUCAGUCGAUUGUGGACUUUUUCUAUCAUCCUUAACUUUAAAAUUAAUUGUAUAUAGUAACAGGAAAAUAUAUUUGUCUUGACAUUUUGAAG